AAAUAAAAAUAAAAAAGUAAUAAUAAUAAAUUACUCGUUAUACACACACACACAAACGCAUAUAAUAUACGGUUCUUAUAUUUUAUUAUUAUAUAUAUAUAUAUAUAUAUAUAUAAUAAAAGUGUACACAGUACUAUCGUAAGAUCGUAAGUCGGUAAAAAUAUUUUUCGUGAAUUUUGUUAUUAUUCUUCAAUUAUUGUCUCCCGACCAUCGGCUCCCCGGAUUACGCCUGGACGCCUGACGUUUCGCGUGUCGACCGAUGUCCGUGUACCGUUCGCGCCUCACCAACACCGGACCGUACCAACGGCAUUCGUUGUCGUUGUUAUUGUUGUUGUUGUUGUUGUCAUCGACUUCGUGGUCAUUGUCAUUGUUGUAGUGCUCAGCAAAGGAAGUUGGCACUCACCACAGACCGCGUUCAAUUGUGAUUACAGAAUUGGGUGCAGAAUGUGGUAACCAACAAUAUAUUUAAACGGUUAAAGCGAUGCAGAAUGUAUUUUCCCGGGACAUGUUUUCAAUGGGUACAUUUGAUGGGGGAGUCAAGUGUAAUGGACAUGUCCAAUUGUCUGGACGUACAUCAAAAAAAGACCGCAAGGGGUGUAAAAAAGAAAAAAUUGAAACAGUACUAAAAAACCGGUUUAUUACUCCAGCAAAAGUUAGACAACCUGUGCUUAAAUUGCCUAAAAUUAAUGUUAAAACUAAAAAUCAAGUCAUUAAGCCAGUUGUACCAGUAAAGAAUAAUACAGCUGUUGAUCCUGUGGCAAAUAGACCAAAUCUCAAAGAUGAUGUUAUAAAGUUCAAAGAACUAUUGUACAAUAAUACAUCUCCAACACCUCCUCCUGUUGAUGUCCCAGAAAAAGUGGAUGAUCGUUUGUCCACCGUAUUUGAAUCAUCAACAAAAAAGACAAAAGCAAAAAAACGAAAUAAAAUUAAGGCUGAUAAAAGUGUAUCUAGUGGAAAUAAAAAACCUGAUAAAAUAGAUCCUUUGAAUGAAAACGACAAGAACCAGCUAAGCUGCAGUAUAAUUACUAUUCCGCCUAAAAGAAAUCAUGCUAAGUUAAGUAAUUGGCAAAAGGAUUGUGGAACCAGACAUGAAACAUUGCAAAGGAUACUAAAAGAAUGUGAAAAAGAAGCUAAAUUGAGGGGAAACCUAUAUCCUUUAGAUUUAGUAUCAUCUGAUGGAUCAUCUGACACUGAUGAUCCAUUGAAUUUAGAGUUAGAGGAUGCACCGUAUCAAAGGUUUUGGUUACCUUCCGAUCAAAUUGAACCUUUAGAUCGAGAUACUAAAGUGAAAAACUUGCGAUCAGUACUUCGGCGAAGGUUUCAUCAAUUAUCUAACCUUCCUGAUAACUCACCAUCUCCUGAUUUAGUAUUAGCUAUGACAAGCGCUAUACGACAUGAUCCUAUUUGUAUCAAUCAAUUAGUAUGCCAAGAGUCUGAUUUUAAACCUACAUUUAAAAGUAUUGGUGGUGUGUCUAUGAUACAGCAAAAAUGUUGUUUGGAAAGAUGCCACGAUCCUGCUAUACCGUGCACUCGUCAUUGUCUUAGACAUAUUUUACGAAAUGUUGACCAACUCCUUUUUGAACACUGUUCUGCCCGAACUAAUCAAGGUCCGUGUACCAAUGCUGUGUUUAAUGUUCAUGAUAUACAGCCUUUGUGCUUUGACCAUUUGUACUCUAAAGAAACAAUAAUUCCGACUGAAGAAGUACCUGUUGUCAAGUCUAAACCACGUAAAAGGCCAAAGAAUGCUCCAUUUAACAAGCUGUCAAAGCGUAGUAAAAAGAAAAAGCAACUGCCUAAAUUUCCUCUCGAGCCUCCAUCAUAUACAGAGACAAUUGAACCUAAUACUAUUGAGCCAAUUACAUGCACUAACGAUCUGCCUCAAAAUAUCAGUUGUGAUGUUACAUCCCUUUACUCGUCUGUUGCCAAUCCUGAUAUUUACUUACAUCCUGUUGGUAGUAAUAUUAUUACACAUGAAGUAGAAGUUGGUGACGAAGUACUUGCUGGCUUGGAUGCAGCUGAUUUAGCAAGUCAUGCAUCACGGUUAUUGGAUGAUCACGAUGAUAUUACAAGCGUGUUCAGUCAAAUACCUGUAGAUGCAUUCAACGAUCUCUUUACUGUUGAUAAAAAUGGACAGUAUGUACCUUCUCGUGAAGAAACUGAAGAAUUAGAAAGAGCAUUGGAGGCUGUUGACAUGGAUGUCAGAUCGCUUGAAAGAUUGUCACAGUCACACAUGGCCAAUAUUUUGGAUCCUGCUUCACUACUAGCAGAUUUACCGAUACCUCCCUUUUCCAGCUCAUAGCAAAUCCAAGAUAUUAACAUAACUAAGAUAAGAGACUUAAACAGGUGCACAGAUUAGUGAGAAGAGAAUUAAAAGUAAUUAAUUAAUAAUAAUAACAAAAAAAAAAAAAUUAGCUAUUCACUUAUAAUUAGUUGGUGUUAUUUUAUAAUUAUUUAUGUAUUUUAACAACCAACUGGUAAGUUUGAGAAAUACUCAAUUGUUCUUGAGUAUGAGGCUGCUAAAAAGCUUAGUAGAGCAUAGUUGUGGUGUUAUUAAUAACAUUUUUUUUAAAUAAAAAACAAUGGUAUUUAAUAAUUUAUUAAUUAGGAAUUUUAAUAAUGUGUAUACUACAAUGUGCAUAUUCAAAACGUUGUAAGCCCAAAACAUUAAAAAAAUUUUUUCUUACCCAAUCAUUUCUCAAGACUAAACAUACUGUGAACCUCAAUUUUGGUGAACUACUCAUACUUUUGUUGAAUUAAUAUUAGAUGAUGUCAUUUCUUAAAUUUAAUGAUAAUACAAGGAACACAAAUAUUUUGUUUAUUACCAGUUGCACAUUCCACUUGCGACUGUAAUUAUAUGUUUUUUUUUAUCAAUACUUAACAUCAUUUAUUACUAUUAUUUAUUUUUUUAUAUUGUUCAAGUGUACUCUUCCACAAUUAUGUAAAUAUAUUGGAAUGUGGCAACUUUUGCAUUUGAUUUUCUUCUUUGUGUAUGUUUUUUUUUUUUUUGUACAAUUGUGAACAAACAUUUUAACUAUUAGGUCGUAAUUAUGUUUA